GCUAUCCAGUAGUAUAUAAUCAAAGGUUAAAAACAUGUUUUUGAGUGUGACCGCCAUUUUGAAUUUUCUGGUUAGCAACAUAGGUCAUAUUUGAUAUGUCAUUAGAAAGAAUACAAUUUUACUCUUUAUUACUAAGACUAUUGACUAACUGGAAACUAAAACAGCCCUUGAAUAGAUUGAUUUAUUCGGUACAGUUUCAACAUUGGAAAUCCUCACUGGUGUUCAUGUCAUUCAUAAUCCGGCCCUGUCUUGUUUUUGUAGUUGUCACUGUGCAAUGUUUGUUUACGUAUUUUAUACAUUUGAGGUUAUCUUUGAACAAGAUCAGGAAAUUCGUGGCACAAAAGUAUGAGAUUGUGCGGUAUCCUGCAUUUAAAUUUUAAAUCUAAGUGUCGCAAAUAGAAUAGAAUGUUAAACAAUUCUUAUACGCAAGUUUCUUCAAAUACCCAAAAUGAAGUCCCUCCAACGAAGAAAGAUAAUGAGCAGGUACCAACAAGCAGCAAAACUGGGCUUCGAAACAUUCGUGCAAUCGUUUUCUUACUGUUGUGGUACAUCUUUAGCGGGUGUACGCUUUUUUUAAACAAAUAUAUUUUAACUUAUCUAAAUGGGAAUCCAACAAUGUUAGGUGCUUGUCAAAUGUUAAUGACCGCAACCUGUGGAUUUAUACAAAUGUACUUUCCAUGCGGAAUGUACAAACCGACGCAGAGGUUUCAUCGUCCCCCUGGAUUUUAUCGACACAUGGUUUUAGUCGGGUGCACUAGGUUUCUGACGGUAGUAUUAGGAUUAAUCGCUUUAAAUUAUGUAGCAGUUAGCUUUACCGAAACUAUUAAGAGUUCGGCACCCCUGUUUACAGUUAUAAUAUCGAGAUGCUUAUUAGGCGAGCAGACCGGUUGGUUUGUUAAUUUAAGUCUGUUGCCGGUCAUGUCAGGUUUAGCCCUUUGUUCGGCGAACGAAAUUAGCUUCGAAAUACGAGGGUUUAUAGCGGCGAUGGCGACUAACCUUACCGAAUGUUUACAGAACGUUUACUCGAAGAUGUUAAUUUCGGGAGAUAAAUUCAAGUAUACGCCUGCCGAAUUGCAAUUUUAUACAAGUAUUGCAAGUAUUAUCGUACAAAUUCCCACGUCUUUGAUGUUGGUCGACCUGCAGCAUGUGGAAAAACCAGAAAUUAAAUUAAUUUUCUUCUUUGUACUUAACGGAAUAUUCUUUCACUUUCAAAGUAUUACUGCAUAUGUUCUGAUGGACUACAUUAGUCCGGUGGCGCAUAGUGUUGCCAAUACCACAAAAAGAGCAUUUUUAAUUUGGCUAUCUGUUUUGAUGUUUGGCAAUUCUGUAACGUUGUUGAGUGGUAUCGGUACUGCAGUCGUAAUAAUUGGGGUCUUACUGUAUAUUAAAGCGCAGGAGUAUGAUGAUAAAAUGCAUACCGCUAAUUUAAUGUUACGGAAGGUGAGAGCAAUAUAGUGAAAAGCUAGCAGUUGAAGGAACAUUGUGAUCGUCGGUCAUUUUGGAAUUAAUAUAAAAAUGUGAUAUAAAUAGGUGUUCAUUUUAGUCUUCUUCGAAUUUUAAGUGAGUCAUUCCAAAUGUUUCCCAGUUCUUUGAAUCUACGUAUUAGUCAGUAUUUUUUUUAUCAGAGAAUUCUAGCAUAGGUCAAUUUUAACAUGUGAUUUAUUGUGUGUGAUCAUAAAGGGUAUUCUAUAAAUGUUUGUGUUACCUAUUUUGUUAGUGUAACUAGCUUAUUAUACUCUUCUAAUGUAAAUAAACAUUCCAUUUAUUUUAUUAUAUUUAAGAAAUUGUUUUUAUAUGGCAUUUCAAACGUGCUUUGAUUAUUAUUAUGCCAUUUAGUAAAAGGACCAAAAGAGGUUAGGGAAUGAUGGUAUGUCCAGGUAAAUCACUUUGACAGUGUCAUUUAGCAAUAGGGACAUUAAUUUUGACGGAAAAACUUACCAGAAGCAACUCUUUAUCCUUUUUGCUUAAUGAGCUGUACAGUUAUUAUUUCAAUCUAGUCUUUAAACAAUCUCAAUAUAUGAAAUAAUCUAAAUAUUUGUCAUACAGAUUUAUUUUUUUAAUGUUAAUGCAUAUUUUUCUGAAGUUCUGUUUGAAUACAUAAAUUAAAAAAAUUAAAAUGUUUCAACAAUAGAGAAAAUUUAUGUAAAAUUGUUAGUGUCAUGUCUGUUCGAAUUCUUUCACUUCAACGUGAAAAGAUAAACAAUUUUAAUUUGAAAUGGUUGUAAAACCACACUAUAGAGAGAUUAAAGUACGUCAUAAAAGUCAAUCAGUGGCAGAUAUUUAGGGAUUAAAAUAUCUUCACAUACACAAGAAUUAUUUUCCUUUACUGUUUCUACUGUUUUUGGGUUCGGAAGUGCGGGUCAGAGUUCUUCUGAGUGCUCCGCUACCAUAGUGUUUAUUGUCACAAUGGUAAUGUGCACUUGAAGUCCUAAGUGGCAUUUCAGAUCACAAAACAUGAAGCAGCGGUUGUCACUAAAGUACCAAGUGCAAGUCUGUGUGUCACUGCUUUUAAACAUUUGUGUACUAGUCGAAUUUAAACAAUUCUGUAUAUUUUCUGUUCCUAUUGAAUAAAUAAAUAUUUGUUGGCA